UAUAGCACCUGUAUCUUAUAUAGCGUAGUAUUGCACUUGAGAGGCCGCAAAUUGUUCGCAUUGCUUCGAGGCCAAUUCCCACGGGGAAAUCGUCAUUAGCCAAGAUGCAAGUAUCACACCAUCGCGCGUGUUUAUUAGCAUUAUCCCUUCAAGCUUUGCUGGCUUCGGCACAAAACAACACAUGGCCAUGGCAAACAUAUAAAUCCUCUUCCGCGGAACCCUCAUCCCUAAACAUAACAAAAUACGGCCCAACGUCCCCCGGGUAUCUUUUCUUCGACCAAAAUGGCCAAUACGCGCACCAGUAUGGCUUGUUCAUUAUGUCGGACGACAAUGAACUCGUCUGGCAAAGUCCUAUCGGAGACUAUGCCGACUUCAGGGCGCAGAUAUUCGAGGGGAAACCAGUAUUGACGUUCUUCAAUGGAAUUUCUUUGGCAGAGCCCUGGGGAUGGGGUCAUGGCAUCAUUCAAAUUCUCGACGACUCUUAUACAAGCAUAUACAAUGUUUCCUUGACCGCAGAGGAAGAGAAUUUUGUGACCAUAUCAGAUCUCGAUCCCAACUUGCUCAUCUCUUACCUCGACUUACACGAAUCUCGAAUUACGGCACAAGAUACCAUCCUAGUUACAGCAUACAACGUUACUAAGUACAAUUUAAGCUCCGUUGGAGGCCCUGAGGACGGUUGGGUGACCGACUGUUUAUUCUAUGAACUAGACGUCAAGACAAGUGAAGUACUGUUCAAAUGGAGUGUUCUGGGCCAUGCUGAUCAGAUCCCGAUCUCGGAUGUCCUUCAAUCCUAUCCGCUGGAAGAUUUCGGGAGGAACCAGUCAAUUCCAUAUGGUUACUUCCACAUCAAUUCAGUAGACAAAUUCGAAGAUGGGUCAUAUUUGAUUUCCUCGAGAAACUACGGUUCUAUUUUCAGGAUUUCUAAAAAUGGAACGGUGGAGUGGACCCUGAACGGUCGAACAGGAGGCGACUUCGAGCUUGAUACUCAGCUGUCUUUCUCUUACCAGCAUGAUGCUAGGAUCCGAUACGAAAAUGAAAAUAUUCUUCAAAUUAGUUUCUUUGACAACGCCAAUUCCGAAGUCAUAUCGGGUGUAAGUCAAACUAAGGGCGUAUUAAUGACCUUAGACACCGACACCAUGAGGGCUACUCUGGACCAGCAAUACGUCGACCCAGAAGACCCAAUAUACGCAUUUUCUCAGGGGAACGUACAACAGCUAGAAGACGGUCACGUCAUCAUGGGUUACGGAUCUACGCCUAAGAUUCGGGAGUAUGACGCAGACGGUUCAGUUGUGAUGACUGCUCAGUUUGGACCUGGAGAUAAUCUCGUAUUUUCCUACCGUGGGUAUCGUCUCCCAUGGAUUGGUCGACCGAAGACGUCGCCGAGCGCUUUUGCUUGUGUCGAUAAAGCGAACAACGAAACCACCGUCUAUAUGAGUUGGCUUGGCGCGACAGAGCAUAGAUCAUGGAAGGUUUUGACAGGAGAUAAUAAUUCUACUUUAACUGUUGCUGCUGAGGUAGAAAAAACCGGAUUCGAGACCAGAAUAACCAUACCAGGGCAAGCCCCCCAAAUACAAGUUCAGGCGCAAGGGCUGGGUAUGACGACUGCCGCGUCGCCAAUCGUGUCUACUCAGAGCGGGUGCUGAGUAAAAGGGGGAAGCUUCGCCGGCUAACCAUGGAACAAGUCCUCAAAAAACGCAUCAUUUGAUCGAACUUACGGCAAUAAUCUUGUAUAUUGUGCAGCAAGGGAGCAAUAGAUAUUCCAAAC